ACCACCACCACCACCAUCACCAACGCGCGGUGUACAGGUGUGUGAUCGAUCGGGGAUUCGGGAUGGCGCUGCUGGCGAGGAGGGCGCGGAAGGCGGUGAUGGCGAAGGCGGCGGCGCCGGCGCCGCUGCCGCAGAGGGCGGGGGAGCUGGCCAUCCCGGCGCACUUCACGUGCCCGAUCUCGCUGGACCUGAUGCGCGACCCGGUGACGGCGCCGACGGGGAUCACGUACGACAGGGAGGGCAUCGAGGCGUGGCUGGACACGGGGCGCGGGGUGUGCCCCGUCAGCCACGCGCCGCUCCGGCACGAGGACCUCGUCCCCAACCACGCCACCCGCCGCGUCAUCCAGGACUGGUGCGUGGCGAACAGGUCCCGCGGCGUGGAGCGGAUCCCCACGCCCAAGAUCCCCGUCACGCCCGUGCAGGCGUCGGAGCUGCUGUUCGAGGUCGCCGACUCGGCGCGCGGCGGGCGGUGCGCCGGGGCGGUCGCCAGGGUCAGGGCGCUCGCGAGGGACAGCGAGCGGAACCGGCGGUGCUUCGUGUCCGUCGGCACGGGGCGCGUGCUGGCCGCGGCGUUCGAGUCUCUCGCCGGAGCCGGAGCGACGGGCGCUCUCGAGGACGUCCUGUCGGCAUUGGUCUGCAUGAUGCCGCUAGACGAGGAGGCGGCCAGGGUCUUGGCCUCGUCUAGCUCGAUAGGGUCUCUCGUCGCCAUUGCCAGGCACGGGAGCCUGGCGGGAAGACUGAACGCUGUGCUGGCGAUCAAGGAGGCCGUGUCGCGCGACGGGGCGUUCGUGGACUUGGCUGACAAGGUCGACGAGGUCGUCGACGCGCUGGUCAGGAUCAUCAAGGCUCCGAUCUGCCCUCAGGCCACCAAGGCCGCCAUGGUCGCCACCUACCACCUGGCGAGCUCCGACGAGCGCGUCGCGGCGAAGGUAGCGUCCACAGGGCUCGUCCCGGUGCUCAUCGAGGCCCUCGUCGACACCGACAAGAGCGUGUCCGAGAAGGCCCUGGCGCUGCUCGACGCAACGCUCGCCUCGGAGGAAGGCCGCGCGAGCGCGCGGGGCCACGCGCUCGCAAUGCCGAUCCUCGUCAAGAAGAUGUUCCGCGUGUCCGACGUGGCCACCGAGCUCGCCGUGUCGGCGAUGUGGCGGCUCGGCUGCAAGGGCUCCGGCGACGAGGAGGCCGCCGCGACGGGCUGCCUGGUCGAGGCGCUCCGGGUUGGCGCGUUCCAGAAGCUGCUCCUCCUCCUGCAGGUGGGCUGCAGGGACGCGACCAAGGAGAAGGCCACCGAGCUGCUCAAGAUGCUCAACAAGCACAAAGGGUUGGGAGAGUGUGUUGACGCUGUUGAUUUCAGAGGGCUCAAUAGGCUGUCCUGAACCCAAGCUAGCGUCAAAAUUGAUUGUAAAAAAAAAAGUUUUGAGCUGCUAGGAUUUGCAGAUUGUAAAAAUAGUUGAUGCAGAUUUU